UCAAGGCUAAUACGCAGUCAGUUGCGAGCUUAGUCUCGCGUCGGUCGUACGGUAAUGCUAAAAUACAGCCUGUCGAUUGUUUUUCAUCGCAUUCAAUAAUAUUUUGCAAACCAAAAUGUAUUAUUGGAUAUGUGCAGCAUUGAUCGCUGUUUUAUCAUACGUAAUUCUGAAGGCUUACCAAAUCAGGCACUACUUCGAAAAAUAUGGAAUACCCCAGUCACCGGAUAUACCGUUUCUCGGUAUGUUAGGUAUGAGCAUCCUUACCGGACAUCACGUCAAUUACAUCAUAAAGGACGUCUACAACAUAAAUAAAGAGGCCAAGUACGUUGGAGUGCACCCGUUCUUGAAAUCAGCGAUAUUGGUGCGCGAUCUCGAUUUGAUAAAAUCAGUGCUUGUGAAGAACUUUGAUAAUUUUGCCGACCGCACAGUAUUUUCGAGCGAAGAGAGCGAUCCUAUCUUUGCGAAAAGUCUGUCUCUGCUGAACGGACAAAGAUGGCGCGAAGUGAGAAAUUUACUUAGCCCCGCGUUUACUUCAAGCAAGAUGCGUACGAUGUUUACACUAAUGUCACACUGUGCUAAAAAUUUUGCCGAUCAGUUUGUCAAGAAGUACCGGGACGAGGAAAACAUCGACAUGAAGGAUGCGUUUACACGCUACACGAGUGAUGUAAUAGCUACCUGUGCUUUUGGAAUCGAGGUCGACAGUUUGAAAGAUCCGAAUAACGAAUUUUACCUUCACGGUAGAAGAUCCACCGAUUUUUCGGGGCUAAAAGUGAUGCUCACUUUUUUUGUGAACAUAGUUUGUCCAUCUUUGGGCCGUAAAUUAGGUCUCCGGUUCAUAUCGAAGAAGGAAACGGAUUACUUCGUCAAGCUCGUAGAAGGCACCAUAAAAGCUAGAGAAGAGCAAGGAAUAAGGAGGCCAGACAUGCUGCAAUUGCUCAUGGAGUCCGAAGAAAAGGGUAAACAUCUCGAUUCCAUGGACUUAGUGGCUCAAGCGUUCAUUUUCUUUGCCGCUGGAUUCGACACGGUAUCUGGACAAGCUUGCAGCAUAGCCCAUGAAUUAGCUGUAAAUCCAGACGUGCAGCAAAAGCUUCAGGUCGAAAUUGACGAGGUUAUGAAAAAUUGCAACGGCCAGCCAACCUACGAGGCUGUCAAUAGUAUGCAGUAUUUGGAUGCAGUUUUCUACGAAACCAUGAGAGUACAUCCAAUAGGUUUUUUAAGCCGGAUAUGUACAAACGAGUUUGAACUUCCUCCGACUCUUCCCGGUGCAAAGCCAUAUGUACUAAAACCUGGAAUGGAGAUCCUAGUUUCGCCGGUUGGUGUUCAUUCCGAUCCCGACUACUACGAUAAUCCGGAAAAAUUCGAUCCUGAUAGGUAUCUCGACAAAAAAAUCUCGAGUGACGUUUUGAAUUUGGGCUUUGGUUUGGGACCCAGGAUGUGUAUAGGAAAUCGUUUUGCUGUACUCGAGACUAAGAUCUUGUUGCUGCAUCUUCUUUCAAAGUGCAAUCUGAUGCCAAGCAAAAAAACUUGCAUCCCAUGGGUGUACGCUAAAAGGAACUUUAAUCCGCUUCCGGAAGGUGGCUUUUGGUUGAGAAUCAAGCAAAAAAAACAAAUUACUGGAUAGCUUUUAUCAACUUUUUUGUACUUUUACUCUUUCUGUUUCGAUGUUAAGCAUUUCAGAUAAAAAUAAAACCGGUUAAUAAUUUGAAAUGCUCACUACGAUAUUAAACGAGGAAACGCUAUUCAAAGAAAUACUUAGUAAGCGAUGGCAUCAUCUUCCCACACGCUGAACUCUCGUCCAUUCACUGAGUAUAGCCGAGUCAAAGCCAACAAACACACUCACAGUCGAGGACAGAGCGGCGCUCUGGCCGCACGCUACGAUUACAUAAGACGAAAACAAACCUCUACAUUCACGUUCUCCGUUCGCUCGUGUAAGUUACGCGUCAUUUAGAUCAUCAUGGAUUUCUGGCUGUGCGUGACUCUCAUAGCCGUGUUAACGUACCUCGUAUUCACGGCUCACAAGAAGCGUCACUAUUUUGCAAAAUAUGGAAUACCACAGCCUCCGGAAAUACCUUUUAUCGGGGCCGCAGGAGCGAGUAUUUUAACUGGAUAUCACGUAAACUACGCCAUGAAAGACGUCUACAACACCAACAGAGAUGCCAAGUACGUCGGCAUACACGCGUUUAUUUAUCCGAUUAUCGUGCUUCGUGACCUUGACCUCAUCAAGAGCGUCAUAGUAAAGAACUUCGACCACUUCUCCGACCACAAGACCUUGGUGAGCGAAAAAUCCGAUCCGCUCUUCGGCAAAAACCUCGCGAAUCUGAAAGGCGAGAGAUGGCGAGAGGUUAGGAACUUACUCAGCCCGGCCUUUUCCUCGAGCAAGAUGCGCACGAUGCACGAGCUCAUGUCUCUUUGUGCGGAGAAUUUCGCAAACCGGUUUCUGGAGAGCAACAGUUCCAAGGAGGCCGUAGAUAUGAAAGAUGCGUUUACUCGUUACACAAAUGACGUAAUAGCUAGCUGCGCCUUCGGGAUCGAGGUCGAUAGUCUGAAAGAGUCGAAAAACGAGUUUUAUCUUCACGGCAAAACGUCCACUGAUUUUACGAAACCAUCCGUGCUUGUAUGCUUCCUGCUGAAUAUGGUUUGUCCGUCUCUGGCUAAUAAACUGGGGCUCCGCAUCGUGUCGCAAGAGGAAACGGACUACUUUGUCAAACUUAUAAAGGAGACGAUAAAGACCAGAGAAGAACGGGGUAUCAAACGACCGGACAUGCUGCAACUGUUGCUAGACUCUCAGGAAAAGACAAAGAAAUUGGAUUUUCUAGAUUUGACAGCUCAAGCCUUCAUAUUCUUCGCUGCCGGAUUCGAUACAGUGUCGACUCAUGCUUGUUGCAUGGCUCAUGAACUGGCAGUAAAUCCGGACGUCCAGCGCAAGCUUCGGGUCGAAAUCGACGAGGUCAUGAGAAACUGCAAAGGUCGGCCGACUUACGAGGCCGUCAACAAUAUGCGGUAUUUGGAUGCGAUUUUUCACGAAACUAUGAGAAUACAUCCUAUAGCUUUUAUAACCCGCAUAUGCACAAAAGAGUUCGAACUUCCUCCGACGCUUCCCGGUGCUGAGCCAUACGUGCUAAAGCCUGGAAUGGAGGUCCAAGUGCCGACUGUUGGCAUUCAUCACGACCCUGACUACUACGACGAUCCAGAAAAAUUCGAUCCCGAGAGAUUCAUGGAUAAAAAGGCGUCGAGUGACAUACUGAACUUGGGCUUUGGUCUGGGACCUAGAAUGUGCAUAGGAAAUCGUUUCGCUAUCCUCGAGACGAAAGUCCUUUUCGUCCAUCUCUUGGCCAAGUGUGACCUGGUUCCUUGUGAGAAGACAUGCAAUCCGAUGGUCUACGCGGACAGAAGCUUCAUACCAGCUGCUAAAGGUGGCUUCUGGUUGAAAGCGGUACCAAGACAUUAAGUUUGUGAUAUCUGUACUGAACGUAUUCUAUACAUUUAAUAAUUUUUUAUGCAAAAUGCAACACUGUAAGCUUCUAAAAUAAACAAGUAUAUCCACACACAA